AUGCUGAAAAAUCUCGUUUCUCGACCUAGAAGGCAAACUCGUCCACGAGUCGAGAUCAUUCAUCCAAUGGAUUCCUUUUCCACGCCACCGUCUACGCAGAGCGAUGCAAUGUCAACUAUAAGACUGAAACUGUCCAAGUUUUCCAGUCGAGGCCGAAAAACAGGCAGCAUCUGCUUUGUAUCGUCGUCAAUGAUGGAUUCUCUGCCAGAUCCACCUUAUCUGAGCGUUCAGAAACUUCCCGAACUUUUCCGAAAAAACGAACCGAUGUCUAUGGAGUCACCAAUGGUUGUGCCCACUGCACCUCCUCGAUUAACCUCAGAUAGUUUGCCCUCACCGGAAUACCUCAAUCUUCAGCCGAUUGCCAGAACAAGAAAAUCCCAUCCACGAAUUGAGAAUUUAUUCGCUACUGAUCCUCCACUCGCUUCUUCAGCGGCCUCGAAUAUGGAAACGACUAGUUUUAUAGAAGAAGUGGAUGUGGCGACGCUGCUGACAACACAGUCGAUGUCACGACAGUAUGCUUCCACCAGUCAUGGUCAUACGCAUACGAUUUUGAUCGAAGCAGAAUGUGAAUUCAGCACUGCAAAAGUUCAGCAACAUUCGACGGGAAGUACUUAUAGAACGACUGUGGCUUGCAAUCCUGAAGAAAUCGCUUUAUAA